AAAAGCUGUCAGGAAAGAUGUCCACCAAUUUUCACACGAUGUCCAUGAGCUUGUUCUCCCCCUUUAACCACUUUUUGAUCCGUCGACGCUCAACACCGUCUUACAUCAAAGAACGCGGCAACAAUUUUCCUACACUGUGGGUUUGGUAUUGGGAAGACAUCGAUGGAUGGAAAAAAUAUGCCGAAACGAAUCUUUGUUCUGGGGCAAAACAAGAGCAAAUUGAAGCAUCGUAUCUAAAUGGAGACCCUGCUUACUACUUUCAAAUCGGUCGGAACGCUUACGUAAUACAUUUUGAAGGUACACUUAUGAACCAAAGGAGUGUAGAUCCAGAAGUCCAAGCGGUUCGGCUUGUCAGAAGAAGACCAAUGUCUACUUCGAAUUCAGCACCACAGACUGCAAUGAGGUAUCAUACGGGCAAGGCUAAGGAUUUUGAACGAAGGCGUUUGAGAAAGCACUGCAAAGAAUACCGAACUGUAAGUCAACGUUUUCACGAAACAUUGCCGAAACUCAAGGCCUCCAUAUUGAUGGUGGAGAAAAUUCGGAAUGACGAGUUACGCGAGAGAUACGAAAGUAAGUGCGAACGAAUUCAAAGGAAACUAACACUAAGAGGGUACGAUGAGAUCGAAAAGUUGCUUUUCCAUGGUACAACACCAGAUGUUGUUGAUGCAAUCUGCAAACAUAACUUUGACCACAGAUUGCGAGGGAAGAACGGGACACAGUAUGGAGAAGGAAGCUACUUUGCUGUGGAUGCCUCCUACAGUAAUAACUACAGUAGUGAUGAUGGCGAGAAGACGAGAUACAUGUUUCUGGCAAGUGUGUUAACAGGGGAAUCAAAGCUUGGACGUAGAAACUUUCGUCGACCGCCUCUAAAAGAUCCAAGCAAUCCUACUAGCGAUUUGUAUGAUUCUUGUGUUGACGACGAAAAUCGACCAAAGAUCUCUGUAAUUUUUAAUGACGAACAGUGCUAUCCUUCUUAUUUGAUUAAAUAUCACUUGAAAUAG